AUGCUUCGACAAGUUAAACCUCGCAAUGCGCGUGCAAAGCGAGCGCUCGAGAAGCGCGAGCCAAAGGCCACCGAGAACCCCAAGACAUGCCUUUUUCUCCGCGGAACAACAUGUUCUCAAAUCAUUCAGGAUGCUCUUAACGACCUUCACCAGAUGCGCCAGCCUCUUGCCAAGAAGUUCACCAAGAAGAACCCCAUCCACCCCUUUGACGAUGCCACUUCGCUCGAAUUUUUCUCCGAAAAGAACGACGCCAGUCUGCUCGUCUUUGGCAGCAGCCAGAAGAAGCGCCCCCACACCCUGACCUUUGUCCGUACCUUUGGAUACAAGGUCCUCGACAUGCUCGAGCUCUACCUCGACCCUGAGAGCUUCCGCACCAUCGCCCAGUUCAAGACCAAGAAGUUCGCUAUCGGUCUGCGACCCAUGCUUCUGUUUGCUGGUACUGCUUUCGAGAGCCCCGUUAGCAACGAGUUCACUCUUGCCAAGAGCAUGCUCAUGGACUUCUUCAAGGGCGAGCCCAGUGACAAGAUUGACGUUGAGGGCCUUCAGUACAUCAUCUCCAUCAGCGCCGAGGACAGCACCGGAGAUGGCGAUGUCAAGCCCGCCAUUCACCUGCGAGUCUACACCAUCAGCACUAAGAAGUCCGGCCAGCGUCUUCCCCGAGUCGAGGUUGAAGAGAUUGGUCCUCGCAUGGACUUCCGGGUUGGGCGUGUCAGAGAACCCGAUGAGUCGAUGCUCAAGGAAGCCAUGAAGAAGCCUCGCGGCCUCGAGGAGCGUCCCAAGAAGAACAUCACAACCGACUCUAUGGGUGACAAGAUUGGUCGCGUGCACUUGGGCAGGCAGGAUCUUAGCGAGUUGCAACUCCGCAAGAUGAAGGGCUUGAAGCGCAGUCGAAAGGAUGCCGACGAGACGGUCGAUGUUAUUGAAGAGAAGGAGGAGACCAAGAGGAUAAAGCAAUAG